AUGUCAGACUCGGCUACCGGCAGAGAGAGUGCGAGUGGCGAUGGUGACAGCCUGGUCCUCCGCUGCUAUGUGACCGGCUCGUGGGACGUCCACACUCGGACGUACUCGCGGAGGGUGACCAUCGAUGACGAGACGCGGUCGGAUGGGGCCCACGUUGCGCUGGCCCGGGCAGUUAUUGCGGCAAUGGAAGGCGUGCUUCCGCCAGAGCUGGCUCGAGAAGGCGCAGAGUUUGAGAUCGGCGCGUGGGACGAGGUACUCGGCGACUACGUCGUUAUCGAGUCGGACGCUGCGUCCAAGGAGCUGUUGGCUGCCGCCGGCGAUGCCGACGCCCGCCCACCGAGGCUGCGGCUGUAUGGCACGCCGCCGGCGGAUUGGACUAUGAGUCCGUCGCCGCCACAACGCGAGCCGGAGAGGCAAUCCGUCAUUGCUAGCGGCGGGACGGGAUCGCCAAUGCCGGCGCGCGCCGUCGACAACGACCACGAUCGUCAGCGUGAGCUUCUGUACACACGCUCGGGCUCGUCAAGUGAGUCGCGGUCUUCGUGGUCUGGAGAUGACAAGGCUGAAAUUGUCGCCGAGGCCAGCGGCUCCGGUUCGUCGGCAUCGCGUCCGGCGUCGUCGAGCUCGGUCCGCUCCGAGGAGCGACUGGCGGUGAAGACGGCGCUGCGCCAGCUGACUGCCGGCAACGACGGCGGACAAAAGCCAGCGCUCAAGCUCCCGAUGCGACGCAUGGACAAGUGGCGCAAGGGUGGGAACCGCGGCUCGCGGGCAUCCAAGGCGACACCAAGCCCAUCGGGCGCCGCUGCCAACCGGAUGUUUCCGCUCACCGGCGUGGUGGAGGAGUCACCGUUCACAGUUCCUGCCGACCAUCCGUUUGUCAACGGCCGGUACCGGCUUACCAUCUACGACUACUCGGCGUCGUCGAUUGCUAUGUUUGAGGCGCCGAAUGUCGAGUAUCUACAGGAACGACCACGGCCAGCGUGGGCCACCAUGCGCUGGAUCCACGUCGAGGGCAUCGACAAAGACAUCAUCGAGGCGCUGGCCGCCAUGUACGAGCUGCAUCCACUGGCAGUUGAAGACUCCAUGACCACACCACAGCUUGCCAAGGUCAUGCGGCUGCCAUCGCAGCUUUUUGCCGUCUUUAACGCCUUUCACAUGUACAUCCACGGCGAGGAUGAAGAAGCCGCCGCGGAUGGGCCGUCCGCAGGGGGAGGCGCCGGCUCGAUUGCACCGACACCAUCAGCUGUCGACGAAGGCACUGUCCUCGGCCGGACCGAUGCUAGCACCGGCUCGUCGCCACCGGUGAUGGGCAUGGAGCCGCUAGGCGUGGCUGGCGCAGGCAAGGAAGCCGCGUCCGAGGUCGGCUUGGCGUCCGACGGCUCUGCAGACUCAACGGCGUCGGAGCCACUUGCGGCUGUCGACCGGGCCGAGUUCCGAAUGGAACAGAUCGCGGUCUUUACCACUACGUCCGACCGCACGUGCAUCGUAGUUCAAGAGGGCAAGUAUCCAGAGGGCUCGUUUGUGGCGGUCUGGCAGCCUGUCCUAGCCCGGCUGAUGUAUGACGGCUCCAAGGUCCGCGAGCACGGCGCAGCCUUCCUACUCUACACCAUCCUCGACUCGGUGGUCGACAACGUAGUGCCGAUCACCUCGUACUGGUCGCUGCAGCUCGAGGAGCUCGACCUCGCGAUGACGACCGACGUGCUGCCGACGGCCGUCGAGCAGUAUGCGACGGCGGUGCGGUCGCUCAAGCGCGAGCUGAAGCUGCUGCGGCGGCUGCUGUGGCCGAUGUCGGCCAUGACGAACCGCCUGCAGAUGGAGGACGAUGCCGUCGAUCCCACAACCAAGCUCUAUCUCUCGGACGUCGCCGACCACAUCAAGCUCAACAUCGAGGCCAUCGACACGUACAUCGAGACCUCAGACUCGCUCAUCGAGUUUGUUACCGACGCCCAGAACCGGCGGAUGAACGACGUGAUGAAGACGCUCACCGUCAUGUCCACCGUCUUUCUCCCGGCCUCGUUCAUGGCCUCGGCCUACGGCAUGAACUUUGACGACAUGCCCGAGCUCGGCUGGGAGUGGGGCUACCCAGGCUUCUGGACCAUCGCCAUCCUCCAGGCCGCCUUCCAGAUUCUCUACUUUCGUCGCAUCGGCUGGCUCUGA